UAACCCGGAACACCAACACCAAAUUUUACUCGCAGACAAGCUGAUUAGCGUAACGAUGAGGUCGGCCAGAGUGAUGGUUUGCGCCAUGGCUUUCGUUCUGGCGUGCUUGGCAGCCAUGCUGCCUGCAUCCGCAGCCUUGGGAGAAGGAGGGAUACUGUAUAUCCCGUCCGCCGCCUCUGUAGCUCACUGCCCCUCCAGCUGCGGGGACGUCAAUAUCUCCUACCCCUUUGGCAUAGGGGCGGGCUGCUUCCGGCAGGGCUUCGAGGUUACCUGCGACAACACCACUCAGCCUCCAAAGCUGCUUCUGAUGAGGAACAGCACAAUAACUGAGAUCACUGAGAUAUAUGAUAAUGGGUUUGUUGAGGUCCCUAUGUUCUUCAACAGUUCCUUUGGACCAGGUAGGAACAAUAUGCCUUGGGAGUGGGAGGCUCCCGCUAAGGGUAUUACUAUUACCGAAGAUAACAAUUUCUUUGUCCUUGGAUGUGACUUUGAUGUCAACUUGUUCGAUUAUGAGAGAAACCCUGUCGGCUCCUGCAUGAAUAGGUGCCACGGGGAGGUAGUGCCAACUCGAGGGUCUUGCAACGGGAUUGGUUGCUGUUUCAUCAGUUUACGGAAUGCCAUGUCAGGCUUUCAGGCAACAUUUUCUCGGGCUGAUGGUAUGGCAGGACAAUCAUCAGGUUCUAUGUACCCUCGCAUCAUGGCUUUCAUAUCUGAUUCCGGUGACAUAAAUAACGUGACUAACCUUUUAUUGGGUUGGACAAACACAAGCAAGAUCGAUGGUGCUUAUGUUGACGUUGCCAUCACGGAUCAACCAAGCUGCGAAAGCGCGCGAAUGAACAACGCAAGUUAUGCUUGUGCCACCAACAGCAUUUGUAGAAAUGCCUCAUCAUAUGGGGGUUACCACUGUUACUGCUCCGGUUUUUCUUAUUCCUUCGGUGUUUCCGUCCUGGGGGGCGAUCCUUACCUUUAUGGAGUCAGUUUUUUGUCCGACCACGACGGCAAUAAUAAUCCUUACCUUUUCGAAGGUUGCAUGCAAGAUUAUAACCCCGAGCCUAAAGAACACUGCCGGAGGUCAUGUGGAAACAUGAACAUUUCCUUCCCUUUUGGGCUCGAAGAAGGUUGUUUUGGAAACAAAAAGUUCCGACUUAAUUGUACAACAGCAAAUGACACGCUUUUUAGCACAGGAGAUACACAGUACCGCGUGACUGGUGUCUCAGUAGAAGAUGGAACUUUGACUGUAACAAACAUGCUAAGCAAUGCGAGCACUGAAAAAGAAGUGAUAAUAGUUUCGACUCACGAGAGUGGAGGUAUGGACGUCUUCAACGGCCCCGUGGAAGAUGAAUUUGAUUUUUCUAUGGAAAAUGACAUUGUCCUAAGAUGGGUGGUUACCAAUUCAACUUGUCAACAAGCUUUGCGGAAUAUAACUAAGUAUGCAUGCCAGAGCGUAAACAGUGAUUGCCUACACGUAACCCAUGGGAAAAUGUUUAUGGGGUAUCGUUGCAAUUGUUCUUCUGGCUUCGAAGGAAAUCCAUACAUACAGGACGGCUGCACAGAUAUUGAUGAAUGCUUACGGCCAAGCUACUGCAAUGGUACAUGUCAAAACUUUCCUGGGACUUAUAAGUGCACACUGUGCCCUCAUAAUAAAGUAUUUGAUUCAAGAAUGAAGCGGUGUGUUACACCAGCUAAGCAACGAAAUCUUCUUUUGGGUAUUGCAAUUGGAAUUGGAAUCGGUUGUGGCAUUGGCUCCAUAAUUAUUGCAUUGGGUGUAAUCGUACUUGCCAAUAAGUGGAAAAGGGGCAUCCAAAAGAGAAUCAGAAGAGCACACUUCAAGAAAAAUCAAGGCCUGCUAUUGGAGCAAUUGAUUUCUGAUGAAAGCACCAGAAGGAAAACUAAAAUAUUCUCAUUGGAGGAACUAGAGGAGGCAACAAACAACUUUGAUGCUACUCGUGUUCUUGGUCGUGGAGGACAUGGCACAGUUUAUAAAGGGAUUCUAUUAGACCAACGUGUGGUGGCCAUAAAAAAAUCCAAAAUUGUGGAGCAAAUAGAGAUCGACCAGUUUAUCAAUGAGGUUGUCAUUUUGUCUCAAAUCAUCCAUCGCAAUGUGGUGAAACUGCUUGGUUGCUGCCUCGAAGAUGAGGUUCCCAUGCUUGUCUAUGAGUUCAUUUCAAAUGGCACCCUGUAUGAACUUCUUCACUCUGAUACUACAGUAAAAUGCUUGCUUUCAUGGGAUGAUCGCAUUAGGAUUGCAAUGGAAGCAGCAGGAGCACUUGCUUAUCUACACUCAGCUGCUACAAUACCAAUUUUUCACAGAGAUGUUAAGUCUUCAAAUAUACUCUUGGAUGACAACUUCACCACAAAGGUCUCAGACUUUGGUGCUUCAAGAUCUCUUUCGCUUGAUGAGACUCAUGUGGUUACGAUUGUCCAAGGUACAUUUGGCUACUUGGACCCAGAGUACUAUCAUACUGGUCAGCUUACUGAAAAGAGUGAUGUAUAUAGUUUUGGAGUAAUACUUGUUGAACUUUUGAUAAGGAAGAAGCCAAUUUUUAUCAAUGAUUUAGGUGCUAAACAAAACCUAUCACAUUACUUCAUUGAAGGACUUCAUGCAGGGUCCCUUGUAGAAAUACUGAAUAAACAAGUUGUGGAAGAGGCAGACCAGGAAGAGAUUAAUGAAAUCGCCUCACUUACAGAAGCAUGCUUAAGGGUCAAAGGAGGAGACAGACCAACUAUGAAAGAAGUAGAUAUGAGGUUGCAAUUUUUAAGAACAAAGAGACUUAGAAAAGGUUUAGCUAAAAAAGAUGCAGAUAUUGAGCCUUUGUUAUGCCCACAAGAUAAGAACUUAUAUGGGCAUAUCGAUCUUGUCAAUGCUGGGAGCUCUGGGUGCUACAGUUUGGAGCAAGAAUUUGCAUCUUUGCCACGCUAAUUACAUUUGUGCAAGAUACCGGUCGAUGGCUUGCUUGGAUGUUGAAUAUAAUGCAUCUGAGGUAUGAUGUAUUUUAUUGAAGAUUCACAUUAUAUUAGUUUCCUUUCGAUGAUACUAUAUCACAUAGAUGCAUUUCACGUGUACAAUAUAUUGUAGACCGCGACUGUUGUAUACUUUUUAUAUUUGUACAUAAGUCACUGUACUAAAGAUAAGCUUGUAUAAGAAAAUUGUUGUGGUUA